AUUCUUUUCUCCCUUUUCCCACCUCUUUGGGCUCGGAACUGUCUUUUGGGGCGUGCCUGCUUCCUCUUCUGUCAGUACUCUGCUUUUAGAAGUAAAAAGAGGAUGAAUUCAGAAAAAUAAACAUGGAUUCAGAAAUAUUCACACCUCUGCGGGCAAGAUGGCUGGAGGGCGAGGCCGGAGUGACUCUGGGACAGCCACACCUCUCUCGUCAGGAUCUCGCCACCUUGGAUGUUACCAAGUUGACUCCACUUUCACGUGAAGUUAUCAGCAGACAAGCAACAAUUAAUAUAGGUACCAUUGGUCAUGUAGCUCACGGGAAGUCCACGGUUGUAAAAGCCAUUUCUGGAGUGCACACUGUCAGGUUCAAAAAUGAACUAGAAAGAAACAUCACAAUCAAGCUUGGAUAUGCUAAUGCUAAGAUUUACAAACUUGAUGACCCAAGUUGUCCUCGGCCAGAAUGCUAUAGGUCAUGUGGAAGUGGUACACCUGAUGAGUUCCCUACAGACAUCCCAGGGACCAAAGGGAACUUCAGAUUAGUCAGACAUGUUUCCUUUGUUGACUGUCCUGGCCAUGACAUUUUGAUGGCAACUAUGCUGAAUGGUGCAGCAGUGAUGGAUGCAGCUCUCCUGUUGAUAGCUGGUAAUGAAUCUUGCCCUCAGCCUCAAACUUCUGAACACCUGGCUGCAAUAGAAAUCAUGAAACUGAAGCAUAUUUUGAUUCUACAGAAUAAAAUUGAUUUGGUAAAAGAAAGUCAGGCUAAGGAACAAUACGAACAGAUCCUCGCAUUUGUACAAGGUACAGUAGCAGAAGGAGCUCCCAUUAUUCCAAUUUCUGCCCAGCUGAAAUACAAUAUUGAAGUUGUCUGUGAGUACAUAGUAAAGAAAAUACCAGUACCUCCUAGAGACUUUACUUCAGAACCUCGACUUAUUGUCAUUAGGUCAUUUGAUGUCAACAAACCUGGUUGUGAAGUUGAUGACCUUAAGGGAGGUGUGGCUGGUGGUAGUAUUCUAAAGGGCGUAUUGAAGGUGGGCCAGGAAAUAGAAGUCAGACCUGGUAUUGUUUCCAAAGAUAGUGAAGGAAAACUCAUGUGUAAACCAAUCUUUUCCAAAAUCGUUUCACUUUUUGCAGAACAUAAUGAUCUUCAGUAUGCUGCUCCUGGGGGUCUUAUUGGAGUUGGAACAAAAAUCGACCCCACCUUGUGCCGAGCAGACAGAAUGGUGGGGCAGGUACUUGGUGCAGUGGGAGCUUUACCUGAGAUAUUCACAGAAUUAGAAAUUUCCUAUUUCCUACUUAGACGGCUUCUAGGUGUACGCACUGAAGGUGACAAGAAAGCAGCAAAGGUCCAAAAGCUGUCCAAGAACGAAGUGCUCAUGGUCAACAUAGGAUCUCUGUCAACAGGAGGGAGAGUUAGUGCUGUCAAGGCUGAUUUGGGCAAAAUCGUUCUGACCAAUCCUGUGUGCACAGAAGUGGGAGAGAAAAUUGCCCUGAGCCGAAGAGUAGAGAAGCACUGGCGUUUAAUUGGUUGGGGUCAGAUAAGAAGAGGAGUGACAAUCAAGCCAACCAUAGAUGAUGACUGAAGAAUCCCAGCUAAACAGUACAUUUGGAUGAGGUGGAAUUUCUCUGAACAACCGAGGGGUAUAUUUUCAAAGCAGUAGUAGGGAAUUAAUUUCAUAGCUCAUUACCUUAGUAGGUAACUGUAAGGUUAUUCUGGUUAUUCUCAUUUUUUGGUGACGAAAAUCUAACCUCUAGUACUAAUAUGAGGUCUAUAAAUGUAAAGGUUGGUGUCAUGUUGGGUUAAAUCUAUAUUUUAGCAGAAGUUAAGCAUGUCCAAAUCAGGUCUCAUUUAUACAUCAAUACAGGUUUGAAAAGAAAUGGCUACAGCCAGCCUUCUCUGUAGCGCACAUGCCACUGAAUCUGUCUGAAAUAGUUUUUCUUUUUUAUGAUUAAAAAUAUAUAUUAUUCAUAGUGCUCUUUGUGGAAGAUUUGGUAUUACAAAUUUAAGAUAUUUAAGAAACUUGAGACAGUGAUUAGUAGGAUUGCCAGAAAGUGACCCUGGCUACUCUGUUUUGUGUUUAACAUUAUAACAAAACAGGAAAGAGAAAUCUGAUAUUUAUGAAAUCUCAGAUAUUUAAGGAUUCAAAAAAGUAUAAUAGGAGAAAAUACCUCCUUACAUAAAGCAGUCUCCUUACAUUAUGGAGUUUGUGGGAAAUAAGCUUAUGCGAUCAGUGUAAUCAACAAAGACAUCUCAUUAACUGGAUUGUCCUAGCAAUUCAAAUUAAUGAAACAAAAAAAGCAUUUAAUUUGGAUCAUUUGUGGAUCUGUUAAGAUAUGCAUGGUGUAUUUUUUAAUAGUAUUUUAAAGCAAUAAAAAGUCCAUAAUUUGGGAAAAAUAAUAAAAAACUUGAAAAUGCCUCCACAUGCCUCACCUUGCUUGAGCCCUUUAAUUAUUGUAUCUUGAAAAAAAAUUGUAUCCUGAAAACUCUGCAUCAGAGCUACCCAGUUCUAUGUCUGGGCAUUUAUGCAUAGAUAGGUAUAUAUAGAUAUCUCCAGUUACCUACCAAUGUCAUUCAUUUUAAAAAUUAAAAAUAAUAAAAAAUGAUUAAAAUGUUCCUCAAGUUUGUACUGUGAAGCGAAGUUGCUGGUGAUGCAAAUUUUAAUAUUUGCUAGUACACCAAGCUGCCAGAUCCCAUGCCCACCAGAGGUGUUGGAGUGCUCAUUGGCCUACAGCAGCUCUCAGCAAGAGGAAGCAUUUGGCAGUGUCUGGAGAGAGUACUUGGUUGCUACAGCCUGGAUGCUAAGCCUCCUAUGAUAAAUAGGACAAUGCCCCAUUAACAGAGAAUUAGAUCAGUAGGGCCAAUAUUGAGAAUCCUGGCCAAUGCUAGAUACUGUGAUUCUUUAUUUUUAUUUUUAUUUUUAUUUUUGCUUUUGGUUUUUUGAGACAGGAUUUCCUUAUAAGUAGCCCAGUGUCAUUCUUUUUAAUCUUGCCAGUGUGGUAGUUUGAAAAAUGAUGCCUGAUGUUAUUUUAUUCCUCUUUAGGGUAAUGGAGUUAGUUUUACUUGUUCAUGUAUUGUUUGAAUUUGUUAUAAUUAGCAUGCAUUCUUUUUGUAAUUCUUUCAAAAAGCCAUUAAAGAUUUAAGAC